UCCAGAUAUUAACAGUAACUAUAGUAGUAUAUACAGUAAAUAAUACUAAAAUAACACUGGUGACUGAUGAGGUCUGAAAGCUUGUUCUUAAAGGGAAAUGUUGCAAAAUGGGUUUGAACGGAACAUUUAUGAAGCAUUUUAUGAAUUAGCAUCCACAACUUAAAUGGAUGCUUUUUGUCCUUUUAAACAGGAUUAGAUUCAUUUGAAUCAUAUCAGAUUCAGUUAAACGUAGGCCUCUGAGAUGACUGUGGAGCUGGUUUAACCGAGCUGCUGAUGGAGAAAGUUGUGUGAGCGUGAGAAUGGCGUUCAGGUUAAAUGUCAGAUGUUCGCUGUUGUAACGGCUUGUUCUGUAACUCAAUCUCUCUUCAGCAUUAAAGAUUCAUUCCUCAAAUUUGUAGCAUUUUCAAUGAUUCAUGUGCUGGAAAAUCCCUAAUGUGACGCUGAUCUUCAGCAGAAGGAUUAUUAUUUUGACACAAACCACACUCACAGGAACAAACUACAGCACUAAAAUGAACAUUUCAACACAACACCACUUCCUCAAACACACAUACACAUCCUGUCAGCCGUUAUGGACUGAUGGCCGUGUUGUGUGUGUGUGUUCAGAUGUCCCAGCAUCACUCCCGUGUGACGUUUCAUCAUGUGAUCGGGAAGGCGGCGGUGAAGGGGCGGUGCUACCACGGCCUGUCAAUCACACGCAGUGUCCAGGACAACCAAUUCUGUGCUGUCAAUCCACGCUUCAUCGCCGUGGUGACCGAGUGUACAGGAGGCGGGGCCUUCAUUGUCAUUUCCGUCCAUAAAACGGGCCGUGUGAGUCCUCUGCAGGCGCGGGUCUGCGGUCACAGCGCUCCUGUGCUGGACGUCAAGUGGGACCCGUUCAACGACCUACGCCUCGCGUCCUGUUCGGAGGACUGUACGGUGAAGGUGUGGGACAUUCCUCCUAAUGGACUGAAGGAUGAUCUGGUGGAGCCCAGUAAAGAUCUGACCGCUCACAGCCGAAGAGUGUCAAUCAUCGAGUGGCAUCCAACCGCCAGAGACCUGCUGCUGAGCUCCGCCUACGACUGCAGAGUGCUGGUGUGGCGUUUGGACUCAGCUGAGGUGCCGGUGUGUGUGAUAAACACACACUCUGAGCUGGUGCUGUGUUUGAGUUUUAAUGCAGAUGGAAGUCUUUUGGCCACGGCCUGCAAAGACAAGAAGAUCCGAAUCAUCGAGCCACGGACUGGGCGGCUCCUGCAGGAGUCUCGCUGUCACUCUCAUAAAGUGUCCAGGAUCCUGUUCCUGUGGGAUCUGAAGAUGUUGGUGUCCACAGGAAGCUCCUGCUGGAACCAGAGACAGUUUGUCCUGUGGGAUCUGGAGGAUCUGUCUGAGCCGUUACUGGAGGAGGAUCUGGAUGGAGGCUCAGGAGUGAUUUUCCCCUUUUAUGACGCUGACACACACAUGCUGUAUCUGGCUGGGAAGGGCGACGGCAACAUCCGCUGUUACACGGUCAGUGCGGUGAAGCCCUAUGCUCACUUCCUGUCUGAAUACCGCUCCGCAUCCCCUCAGAGAGGCUUGGGUGUGAUGCCCAAGCGUGGCCUGAACACCAGCGCCUGCGAGAUCUUCAGAUUCUACCGGCUGGUGGCCGUCAGAGACCUGCUGGAGCCGCUGAGCUUCUGUGUGCCACGCAAGCAGUCUGAGGGUUUUCAUGAGGAUAUUUACCCCCUGACCGCAGCCAAUGAGCCGGCCAUGACCGCAGCUGAGUGGCUGAUGGGACAGAAUAAAGGGCCGCUGCUGAUGUCUCUGAGACCUGCAGCCAAAGCGCUCGACACCUGGCCGACUGAACCAGAGACACCAGCCAAUCAGCACGCAGAACCGCCUCCUGACCUCAUCGCUGACCUGCGGGACUGGACGGAGGACGACACGCAGAGCCACGACUGGAUCUCGUCAGGCGUCAGUCUGAGCCGCAGAGAAGCCUCGGCGCCGGAGACGGACGUCAGCGCUGGUCUCAGUCAUGGGUUUACUCAGGGGUCAGAGGUCGUGACGCUCUGCGUGUGA